AUGGAGGUAACAAAAGAGAAAAUUCGAUACAUUCUUCAGUACCACUACGACCAAGGUGAAAAGGCAGAGCAGGCGGCCAAAAAAAUUUGUGCUGUUUAUGGACCCAAUACAGUAUUGAAUGCAAAGCGGUGGUUCCAACGAUUCCGUUCUGGUAAUAUGGACGUCGAUGAGGCACGCUCUGGUAGGCCAAUCGUCGAAAAUGUCGAUAAAAUCGGGCUAUCACCCAAUAAAAUCAUGGAAAUCGUCGAGACGGACCGGCAUGUGAGCACUUAUUCCAUUGCCCAGAAACUGAAAAUUAGCCAGAAAACCGUUUGGAACUAUUUGCAUAAGGCUGGUCUCAAGAAGAAGCUCGAUGUAUGAGUGCCACACGAAUUGACGCAAAAGAACCCUUUGGGCCAAAUUGAUGCCUGCGAUUCUUUGCUAAAACGUAACAAAACCGACCCAUUUUUGAAACGGAUGGUAACUGGUGAUGAAAAAUGGGUCACAUACGAGAACAACAGCCAAAAAAGAUUGUGGUCUAAUUGCGGUGAGCCGGCCCAAACGAUCGCCAAGCCCGGAUUAACGGCCAAGAAGGCAAUCGACCAGAAGCGGCCGGAAUUGGCCAAUAGGAAGAGUGUUGUGUUUCAUCAAGACAACGCUAGGCCACACACAUCAUUAACGACGCGCCAGAAGCUCCAAGAGCUUGGAUGGGAGAUUCUAUUGCACCCGCCGUAUAGUCCAGACUUGGCACCAAGCAAUUAUCACUUUUUCAAGCAUUUGCAAAAUUUUCUUGAUGGUACAAAACUGGUCUCAAGAGAGGCUUGUGAAAAUGAGCUGGUCAAGUUUUUAACCAAUAGGGACGAGGACUUCUUCAAUCGCGGAACUAUGAAAUUGCCUUCAAAAUGGACAAAAGUUAUCAAACAAAACGGCGCAUAUUUGAUCUAA